AUGGAGGCGACCACCGACGAGUCCAAGGCAGUCGUGUGGGCCAUGGAGGUGGGGCUGCUGGGGCGGUCGAUGCUCUGCCCUCAGUGCGCUCAGCCCAUGCGGCUGAACGCGCGCAAUCGCUACUGGCGGUGCUGCAGGAAGACCCGCCACGCCGAUGGGAAGCAAGAGCAGUUUAGCAUCUUCGUGAACUCUUGGUUCUCGAAGAUGAAGCUUGAGCUUUCCCAGGCCUUGCGGCUGAUGUUUGCGUGGUGCAUGCGAGCACCCCAGCCCCAAGCAGCGCACAUGGCCAAGGUCAGCGAGAAUACGGCGCCAGCAUGGUACGCUGCAUGUCGCGUCCUCUGCUCCAAAGAGCUUUGGAGUGGCGAGUUUAAGAUUGGAGGUGAAGGGCACAUUGUCGAGAUUGAUGAAACAAGCCUAAAGAAAAAGUCGAAGGCGGUGAUUCGGCCGCAUCGUGUACGACAAGCGUACGAAGGCCACUCUGCUGCCGAUUAUCAAGCAGUUCAUCAGACCUCGGACUCGCACGUUGGCGAGUAUGCACUACGAGCACAGUUGGGUGAAUCACACUCUCCAUUUUGUGGACCCUGUCUCGGGUACGCAUACGAACACUAUUGAGGGGUUGUGGGAAAUGCACAUCAAAUGUCACAUCACGGCGAUGCGCGGCUGCAGUACCUGGAUGGCUACAUCGACGAGUACAUGUGGAGGUCGUGGUUUUUUCCAACGAUGGCCUCUCCCGGUGAGUUCAUGUGCGGACUCGUACAGGCUGUGCAGCGGCACCCACAGCAGGAGGAGUAAGAGUACCUAUGUCGAGAGUUGAAGCAAAUAUAUAUUUUUAAAUAAAGUG